GUAUGUACUGUAAUUGUACACCAAAUUUGUCAUUGUUAAUUACUUUUUCCUUGAAAAAGGGUGCUAUAUGCACCCUAAAAAUAAAGUGAUAAAGUGAGAAAUUCGAAGAGUAUGAAGUAAAGGGAGAAAGAUGGAAGCUUGGCAUUUUGCGACUGCGUCAAACAGACCUCCGUGGAUCCUCCGUGAACUCCAGAUUCCCUUCAGUUUAUGCUGCGCACCCGUUCAGAUAUACCGAAUUGAUAUUCUAUUACUAUUACGAAUUUGUAUGCUUUUCUCUGUGACGUGAAAUUUUCGUCGUGUACCUUAUUAAUAUUUGUUGAUUUUAACACAUUGACUGAAGAGAUACUUUCGUUUCAGAUAAACACAAAAUUUUCGAUCUCUAACAUCGAAAUUAAAGUAUCAAGUUAAAGAAUUAGUGUGCAAGUUCUCCGAAAGAUUCGUUUUUUUCAGGAGAAAUUCAAGCGAGGCAGAAGCAUUUACCACGACGACAACAGUUCGACUCUGGAUAUCCUUUUACAUUUCCUUGGGGCAUUAGACAACUCGCGUCAUUUAAACUUGACCUCGCAUAUAUUGCUCUUAGCGAUUAAACAAAAUCCAAAUAGAAAGAUACGUGCAACUUACUUUUUAAUACUCUAAGCUUUCAUUGCCCUUUGAAGAAGAUCCGAUAUUAAAAACUCUAAACAUGAUAAUGACAGCAGAUAUUUUUAACACAAGUGUAAAUGACUCCGACUACUAUGAUGACUACUAUGAUAACAUAUACAUACCAUAUGAUCAAAGACCUGAGACUUACUACGUGCCCGUAUUAUUUUUCUUAAUUUUGAUCGUUGGCGUAGUAGGAAAUGGUAUAUUAAUUCUCAUAUUGCUAUGUCAUGCUAGUAUGAGAAAUAUACCAAAUACGUAUGUGCUAUCUUUGGCUUUGGGGGAUUUACUGGUGAUUGUGAUUAGCGUACCUUUCACAUCAGUUGUUUACACAUUUGAAUCAUGGCCAUGGGGCUUAACUAUCUGCAAAGUAUCUGAAUAUGUUAAGGAUAUUUCAAUUGGUGUGUCAGUAUUUACUUUAGCUGCUUUGUCAGCCGAAAGAUAUUGCGCCAUUGUGAACCCUAUUCGUCGUCAUGUAGCAGGUUUAAGCGCAAAACCACUUACCAUUUUAAUGGCUUCCCUUAUUUGGGUCUUAGCGAUUGUCUUAGCCUUGCCCGCUGUGCUCUACUCUGAGGUAGAAACUGAAUUGUUAAUCACAAACCAGAGCAUUUCCUUCUGCAACCCUUUCCCUAAAAAUCUUGGAACGAUCUACGAAAAGAGUAUGAUAAUGUUUAAAUUUUUGGCAUAUUAUCUAAUACCGUUAUGCAUGAUAGCUGCUUUUUAUUUGGGGAUGGCAUGGAAUUUAACAUUAUCAACCAGGAACAUGCCAGGCGAGCUUCCUAGUAAUGAUCUCCAUAAUGAUCAGAUAAAAGCGCGCAAAAGGGUGAGCAAAAUGGUAGUGUGUUUCGUAAUAAUUUUCGUGAUUUGUUUUAUGCCGCAUCAUAUAUUCAUGCUGUGGUUCCAUUUUAAUCCCACAUCCCGUGAAGACUAUAAUACUUUUUGGCAUUACUUUAGAAUGGUUGCUUUCUGCCUCAGUUUCAGCAAUAGUUGCGUUAAUCCUAUUGCUCUCUACUUAAUUAGCCGCACAUUUCGUAAAAGAUUUAACAAAUAUUUAUGCUGCUGUCUACCGAAUGGUUCCACUACUUGCGGUAAAAAUCGAAUGAAAAACAGUAUAAUUCGCGGACAUGGUGUUUCUUCUCAAAGAAGUCAGCGAUUAUUUUGCGAUACCAGUUUCGGUUCCACCUUUCGAAGACGUACACAAGAAUUUAAUUCGACUGGGGUAUUUGAAAUGGGUAGUAUAGAGACUAAGCCUACCAUCGGCGAGGGUUGUUCUCAAACUAAUUUGAAGUAUAAAUCAGAUGAGGGACAUCAAUGUAAAUUGCAGUGCAAGUUGCAGCACCAUCAUUGUUGAUAAUAAUGGAUUAAAAUUUCAUCAGGAUGGUUGUGUGUAAUAUUGAAUACCACAAGUUUUACAUUACAAAGAUUUAAAAAAUGCAAUGACAGAUCUUAGAAAUUUUUAUUCAAAUUAAUAUUUCUGUAGUUAUUUCAAAGAUGAUGAAAUGUCCGCUUGUAAUUUUUUUAUUUACAAAAAUAGUUAGAAAAUAUAUGUACAUAUAUUGCGAUAUUUUUUAACCUAUAUUAUAUAUCUUUUCAGAUACGUAGUUUUUUUUAAAGUAGUAUUUGCGAAUUCAGACAGCAAUCCUUUUUGUUGAAAACGGCUUUAUAAAUAACGCGUUACUUCCCAAACUUGAAUAAUAUAUUCUAAAUUAGUUUUGCUUGAUACAUUUUAAUCCAAUUAUUUGUUGUUAUAACAAAACAUUUUCUUAACAUACAUGCGUAUUUCUUGCUCAGUCUAAUAUGGGUUAUCAGUUUUAAGUCUUGCCACAUGUUUGUUUUAAUUUCUAAAAUUAAGAUUUUUUAUCUUCUAAUGAGGUUAAGAGAUUAAAGAUUAACGUGUCUUUAAAAAAAUAUGUAUUUCUUUAUAAAUUUAAUAGAAUCCUAAAAUUAACAAAAGCUGAAUUUGUUUUUUAACGUAAUAAAUAAGUAGGCUGUAAAAAAGAUGAAAUAAUAAGAAGUAUAUGAUCAACGAGAUACGAUCUAAUAUUUGUUUUAUUAUCUCUUUUAUUACAGUAAUUGAUUUAAUUAAUAUCAAGUAAAAUUAGGUCUUAUUGUAAGUAUUUCAUGGAAAAAAACAUAAAAAAUAUGAAACAAAUAACAUGAAACAAAGUUCAUCUUAAAUCUUAGUAGCUUAUAAGUAAUCUCUGUGUGUGCGCGUGUGUGUGUGUAUGUGUGUACUAUAAUAAGUUAGUAUAUUUUAAACUUAAUUUAUACUAUUAACUGCUUAUAGAGAGUACAAAUAAAUAAUUUAAUGUAAAAUAAUUUAAGAGUUAACAAGAGCAAUAAUUUAAUUUAACAUAUUUUAAGAACAACUUUAUCAACAUAUAAAAUAGUUACUCUUUAUAUAUUAUUAUUAGAUAAAUAGAUAUGAGAUGCUCCGAAA